AAUUCUCUUUGGCGCCUCAGUCUAGCUGCGACUACUGCUAAAAUCAGUGCGUUCUUAACCAAAUCAAAAUAUAUCGUAAUCAACCAUAACAUAAUCUUAUAAGUACCUAAUAAAAGGAUGUCAAAAUAGUUUCUUUUUAAUUUAAAUUAGGAAGUUUACUGAAGUGAGAGUGAAAAGGUGCGAAGAAGGUGAUUUAUGGAUCAAUAAAGAAUGUGGUUGGCGAAAUAUGUUUUAAGCGCGCUGAUAUGCGUUGCGAUUCCAACAGUGACUUCAAAAUCUUUGAAGGAUAUUCCCGAAGUUUUUCCCCUAAUGGACGAUGGUUUGGCAGCCAUGCUCGACCGAACUUGCGAUUGGCUCGCACCUCCAAGGAUUAAUAAUGGUAUUGCCACCGUCGCUCUUCGUCGGAAUGGAGAAAGACUCUUCCUGGUGGCCAACUAUGUCUGCAAUGACAACUACGAAACCUUUUAUCCCGGUGAUAGUGCCAUGUUCUGUUCAAACUAUAAAUGGUUGGGUAACCGACUCAAGUGCAUUCGUCGAAUUACAUAUGGUAAAGACGAAGUCAGUAAAUCAACACCCGUAGCUAAAAACUGUGAGGAUAAUAAUGGCGGUUGUGCCCAUAUAUGCAACCAAUCGUCUAACAAAUGCGAAUGUUAUGGGGGUUACUAUGUAAAUCCCAAUGAUCCAAGCAGCUGUGAAGAUAUCGACGAAUGCGAGGAGUCCAAUGGGGGUUGCUCACAAUUGUGCAACAACUUGCCGGGGGAAUUCGUAUGCUCCUGUAAAAGUGGUUAUGAAAUAGAUGAAUCUGACGGCAAAACUUGUUUGGACAUUAACGAAUGCAAGAAUUCCGCUUUGUCGUGGGACUGUGAAGGUGGCUGCGAGAACCUUAUAGGUUCCUAUCGCUGUCAACAGAGGCCACACUCGUAG